AUGGACCAGCAUGGCUUUUCUGAGGCCCAAGACCUCCUCCAUCACCAACUUGACAGGCCUAAAACAAAGAUCUCUGCCAAGCACAAAUAUUACUGUGACAUGAUGAUGAAAUUUCGAGGGCUGGCCACUGACAAGAGCUGUCAGAAGACCAAGACCUUUGUCCACAGUGUGUCCCCCACCACGGGUGGCCUCUGUGAGGGUCCGGCUGUGAAGUGUGUGAAGAUGUCUGAAUUUUACAACUGCCACCUCAUCAUCUUCAAAGUCACUCAGUGUAAUCUCUACCCAGAGGCUGUGCCCCCACACUGUUACUACAAAGGUGUUACCUUCUGGAGGGAUGUGAGUGUGGUUUGUAUGGGGAACCAUCCAAUUCAUUUGGAUGAGUAG